AUAAAAGCCCCUCCUUUAUCUUUCCUUCUCCUUCCCCCACCCCUCUCUGCAACUCUCUGGAUGUGAUUCUCCACCACCUCUCCGAAAACCCAUCAACCUUUACAAAAGAGAAGAUCAAAUUAAAACGAUGGUUUUUUCUUCGGUUCCUCUCUAUCCACCCAACUGGCAGCAGCAACCAAAUCAUCAUCAAUCUUCAAGUAGCACUGAGAAUCCCCAGUUUCCACCACCGCCGCCGCCUCCGGCAGGAGGGGGCUCGGGCUCGAUUAGACCUGGUUCGGUGGCUGAUCGAGCCCGACUUGCCAAGCCGCCACAGCCGGAGGCUGCCCUAAAGUGCCCGCGAUGUGAAUCCACCAAUACCAAGUUUUGUUACUUCAAUAAUUACAGCCUCUCACAGCCUCGCCACUUCUGCAAGACCUGCCGCCGGUACUGGACUAGAGGGGGUGCGCUGAGAAAUGUUCCUGUCGGUGGAGGCUGCCGAAGGAACAAAAGAAGUAAAGGUAGCAGCUCAAAAUCACCUGUGACUGGUGAACGUCACACUGGUCCUGGUUCAACAAGUGCAAUCCCAGCAAAUAGCUGCACCACGGAUAUAAUAGGCCACAUACAACCAACGCCACCAUUGCAAUUACCAUUUAUUUCCUCUUUACAUCAUCUUACUGAAUACGCUCCUCCUGACAUCGGCUUAAAUUUUAGUGGAAUCCAUCCACCGGUAGCGGCUGCAGGGGGCGGUGGUGGGACUGAUAUGGAUUUCCAGAUAGCAAGUUAUUCAGGUGGCGGUAGCUCCAUUUUAUCAUCUGGAAGUGCGGAGCAAUGGCGGUUGCAGCAAGUGCAGCAAUUCCCUUUUCUAACCGGUUUGGAGCCUUCCGCGGGGUUAUACCCAUUCGAGGGAGAAAGUGCUGAACCAUCGGCGUAUGCUGGAGGUGCCUCUCAGCUUCGGACCAAGCCAUCAGGCUCUGGGGUUACGCAGCUAGCUUCAGUGAAGAUGGAAGAAAAUCAUGGAUUGAAUUUAUCAAGACAGUUUCUGGGUAUUCCAGGAAAUGAUCAGUACUGGGGUAGUAAUGCAUGGACAGAUCUCUCCGGUUUCAAUUCUUCUUCCAACAGUCAUCUCUUAUAAUUUCGAUCUUUCUUUUUCCCUAUAUCUCGAUAAACCUCACCUUGUAGCUUCGUCUUCUCCAUUAGUUAGUACAGCUUCCACUAAAGAAAAUCAGACUUGAAGAGAAAUGGUUCCCAUUCAAUCACCUUCCUUAACUCGGUAAUUCCAAUUCCAGGAGUCUAAGAUGCCGAAACAACAAAAGUGGAUGGAGGAACCUGUCUCUUCAUGAUCUACCGAUGAAGAACCUAGAAGUGGUAGGUUUCCCUUUGUUUUAUUUCUUUUUUUUUUUUUUUUUGUUAUUUUUUUUUUGUGUAUUCUAUUGGUAUGUUUACAGGAGUGGGUGUAUGAGUUCAUGGAUUUUGAUAUCUAACAUGAAGGACUAGUUGUUAGAAUUGAUCAAAGCACUGUAAUGACUAGUGAAGUUUUUUCAAUGGAGUUCGUUCGUGAUAAAUCCAUCUCAGUCCCCUCUUUUUCCCUA